GAUAAGGUGAGCGUUGGCAGAGGGAGGAGAUUAAGAGACUUUGGUGACUCAGGGUUUUGGAAGGAGCGCGGAAGAGUAAGACCUAAAGAAGGACAGAAGCCUUGUGACAAGACUCACUGGACAUCCAGGUCUGAGUACUUGUGUGAUGUGCAUGCCUGGUUGGCCACUGGGACAGAGAGGGGAGUAAUCACCAGAAGACACCAUGGCAUCUAAAGAUCAAUCCGACUAUGACAUGGAUAUAGAGAAGGCAUUGGAGCAAGUGGACUUUGAUGAUCCAGUACCAUACACUGACAAGCCAUUUGAAGAAGAAGAAGAUCAGGCUUCUGCACCAGAUUUCCCUCCUUUUGCUCCAGCCUUUAUCCCACCCAAACACGCAACAGACGAGGUUUACAUAGAGCUGCAUGAGUUGACAAUGGAUGCCCACAAUGAGAUGCGUUGGGUAGAGGCUGCUCGCUGGUUGAAGGUGGAGGAGGAUUAUCAGGAUGAUAUCAGGCAAUGGGGUAAACCUCAGAUCUCUUAUCUCACCUUUCACAGCCUUUUGGAGGUACAUCGCGCAUUUGAGAAAGGUACGGUGCUUCUGGACCUUGCUGAGAAGACACUUCCUGGCAUAUCCAGCCAAGUCAUUGACCAGAUGAUUUAUGAAGACCACCUAAAGCCCCAGAACAGAGAUGAGGUCCUGAAAGCCCUUCUUCUACAACAUAGCCGUCCUGAUGAAGAAAUUGUAAAAGGGGGAGACCCAGAAAGUGGGCAGCCUCUGCUGCAUUCAUUGGAGAUGAAAACUAUACCAGAAAAGGAAGAAAAGAAAAGUCCGCUGGCUGAACGGGUGCCAGAAAACGCAGAAGCCUCCAUUGUUCUGGUGGGAUGCGUCUCUUUCUUGGAACAACCAACUCUUGCUUUUGUGCGCCUGAAAGAAGCAGUUUACCUAGACUCUGUCCUGGAGGUGUCUCUACCUAUUAGGUUUCUGUUCGUCCUUCUGGGUCCUGACAACUCAAACAUCAGCUACCAUGAAGUAGGAAGGGCAGUGUCCAGUAUGAUGGCUGAGAGGGUCUUCCGCAAUGAAAUGUACCUUGCUGAGGGUCGUAAGGAUCUCAUUAAGUCCAUGGAGGAUUUCCUAGACUAUAGUAUAGUUCUACCCCCCUGUGACUCUCCUGAUGAACAGCUUCUGAAGGGCCUGGUACCGGUACAGAAGAACCUGCUCAGGAAAAGAUACCAGAUGGAAAAGGAACUUGGGAGAAGCAGACCAGAAAUACCUGCUGAACCACCCGAGGACCCCUUGCGUCGAACUGGAAAGAUAUUUGGGGGUUUGGUGCGUGACAUACGCCGAAGAUAUCCCAAGUAUUUGAGUGACAUCACGGAUGCCUUAAACCCCCAGUGUUUGGCAGCUGUCAUCUUCAUCUACUUUGCCGCCCUCUCCCCAGCUAUCACAUUUGGGGGGCUAAUGGCUGAGAAGACGGACAAAUGGAUGGGUGUAUCGGAAUUGCUGGUAUCCACGGCUGUGCAGGGCAUUGUGUUCUGCAUUUUUGGAGCUCAGCCCCUUCUCAUCCUUGGCUUCUCUGGACCACUGCUUGUUUUCGAGGAGGCCUUUUUUAAUUUCUGUAAGAGCCAGGGAAUUGAGUACAUUGUUGGCCGAGUCUGGAUUGGAUUCUGGCUGAUCCUCAUUGUGAUUAUUGUGGUGGCCUUUGAAGGAAGCUUCCUUGUUCGGUUUAUCUCCAGAUUCACGCAGGAAAUAUUUUCCUUUUUAAUCUCGCUCAUUUUCAUCUACGAAACCUUUGCAAAGCUGGUCACGAUUUUCAAUAAACAUCCGCUGCAAGGUCACUACAACCAGACAACCGAGAUUUAUCAUACCAACAGCCCCCAACCAAACACAGCUCUGCUUUCUCUCGUGUUGAUGUUCGGAGCUUUCCUUAUUGCAUUCUUUCUGCGUCAAUUUAAAAACAGUGGCUUCUUUCCUGGGAAGCUGCGUCGUAUCAUUGGAGAUUUUGGGGUCCCCAUUGCCAUUCUACUAAUGGUGGUGACUGAUUACUUUAUUAAUGACACUUACACACAGAAACUCAGCCUUCCCAAGGGUCUCAGCGUUUCCAGACCCGAAAACCGUAGUUGGUUUAUCCCACCCCUUGGCUUCAACAAUCCCUUUCCCAUCUGGAUGAUGUUUGCCUCAGUUGUCCCAGCCCUGCUGGUAUUUAUCCUCAUCUUCAUGGAGUCUCAGAUAACCACGCUAAUUGUCAGUAAGCCGGAAAGGAAAACAAUAAAGGGUUCUGGCUUCCAUCUGGAUCUCCUCUUGAUUGUAGGCAUGGGAGGGGUGUGUGCACUAUUUGGGAUGCCUUGGCUUAGCGCUACCACAGUGCGUACUGUCACCCACGCCAAUGCCCUGACAAUCACCACCAAAGGGGAUAAACCUCAGAUAGAUCGGGUUAUCGAGCAGAGGAUCAGUGGUUUCCUGGUGGCCAUCCUUGUUGGUGUGUCCAUCCUCAUGGAGCCUAUCCUCACUCUCAUUCCGUUGGCUGUCCUAUUUGGGAUUUUCCUGUAUAUGGGUGUGACCUCCCUAAAUGGAAUCCAGUUGUUCGAUCGCAUCUUACUCACCCUGAAACCAUCAAAGUAUCACCCAAAAGAGCCAUAUGUCACAAGGGUUAAGACCUGGCGUAUGCACGUCUUUACGCUCAUUCAGACCCUGUGCCUGGCAGUCUGUUUUGCUGUGAUGUUCACCCCAGCUUCCCUGGCACUUCCCUUCAUCCUGAUCCUGACCGUGCCAGUCCGCCUCUUCCUCAUGCCCUUCAUCUUUAAUAAGCUGGAACUCAAAUGCCUGGACUCUGAUGAUGCAUCUGUGAACCUGGAGGAGGAAGAAGGCCGGGAUGUCUAUCAUGAGGUCCAGAUGCCCAUUUAAAGGACAAAAACUCUCCUUAGAAUAUAACAUUUACCAGGAGGCCACCUUAAAUUGAGCCAAUUAAGGGAAAAGGUGGCUCCGCUCUAGUGAUAGUAUGUAUAUGCUUUUAGCAAUUUGUUACCUCAGAGACUUUGGGGUCAUGUCGUAUCAUCUGGGAAGGAUAGUCCCAUCCCUGUAACCCUUAGCAACCAAUCAGAUUUAUUAUUAUUAUUAUAAAUGCCUUAGCCCAGUAUGUGCUAUCUACUGAUUGGUGGCUAUGGAUUACUGCACUAGGGGCAGAUGCUUCCCGGUGAACUUCAUAACCUCAUGAUUUGAAAUGUUGCCAGUGCCUUCAAAAACGAUGUAGCAUAACAAGUGGUAAGGAUUUUUUUUAUUUUUUAAUUUAAUGAUAUUAUCUGCCUUUACACUGCCAAUAUCCUGAAUUUGUAACCAAAGUGAAUCAUGAUGUUUGGCCAGGGCCAUAGGGAUGAGCGGGUCAAAGAUUCUUUGAAGCCCACCACUGUCCUUCAACCUACCUUUGGGGGCAAUUGGUUGGCACAAACCCAUCCAACCUGCAUGUAAACCCAUGGGAAAGUGCUAGGAAAUACAGCAAGAGUUUAGGAAGCAUCUCCGGAUGUUUCCCUGCUCAAUUCUAUUGCUACUGUCACAUUGAUUGCAAAACAGAGAUGGAAAGUGUCAAGAAAUGCUUGCAGCUAAUUAUCAAGAAUGUGAACCCAGAGUACCGCCUGCUGUUUGGCUGGGUCAACGGCUAUAAAGAACAGCCAAACUUGAAUUAACUGAAGUAUGAAGCAUCUUCUGAUUCUUUCCUGCUCAAUUCUAUCACUCCUGCCACAAAGUGCUAUGAAAUUGAGCAGGGAAGCGCCAUAAGAUGCUCUGCAUGGCCCUUGCUUUGGAAACCUGCUAAUGUCAUGAUAUCUAGAAAAAGAACAUUGUGUAAAUUGCAAAAGUGCUCAGAAGGACAAUUUUAAAUUAGGUUAAAUGGUAGGACAUACCCCCUUUAACAUCUCUAGAUCAUUGUGCCUUAAUUAAUAUUCUUUUUUUUUAAUCUAAUGCUGUGCGUUUGAUCCUGCCCCAUGUAAAUAGACCUCAAAUCUUAUAUAUAUAUAUAUUGAGCUAGAAUCUAAUAUAUUUUAAAUAAAGUUUUUAAAAAAAAAUAUAUCUAUGAAUCUAUUUAACAGAUUUUUUUUUAUUUUCAAUCACUGAUAUUUUUGAAGGGAUAUAGGAAAAAACAUGUUCUGAGGUCUUAUUUUUUUAAUAUUCCAAUUUCUAAACAUCAGAAGUCUCAGGAGGAUUAUUUGGUUUGCAUUGAAUUCAAUAAUGAAUUGGUAUCAUAAACUAGCCUUUAAGUGUCAAUGUGAAGCUUUGCAAUAAUAUUAUAAUUUUAUUACAUUCUUCAAUGUAACAUUUUAUACAAUUAAUAAACUCCCUUUUUGAAAUGUG